AAAGAGUGCGUGUCUGUAUGCCUUGCAGUGGAGACUACAUUUCCCAUAGUGCAUCUGUGAUGGAAACACAAAAGGCAACUGGUAUGCUGGUUCUGCUACCCCCGGUGCAUCAGAGAAGCAUCUCUGGUUGGUUGGGGCUGCUCCCCAAUUACCCCUGGGUGCUUGGGCACAGGGUCCUCUCGGUAUGAAUCCAGCUGACGGGCUCAAGCAUGAGAACGAAGAGAUGAAUCCCUGGCAAGGAGGUCUGGAGCAUGCGGAACCACACGGGGCAUUCUCGGGAAGAUCCGAAGGGAUUGUUUCGGAGGGGGGGAAAGCCGUGGAGAGUCGGCGCAGGUCAGGGAGGCAGCACCAAGCAAAGCAAGAGGAUAAACCCGCCUGCCAUCAGAGAGUUCUCAAGGGACCCCAAGACAGCAAUGCAGUCGCCGCCGAGAAACCCUAUAAAUGCAGCGUUUGCGGCAGGAGCUUCUCUCAAAGCUCCAACCUCCUGACGCACCAGAGGCUGCACACGGGCGAGAGACCCUACAAAUGCACCAGCUGCGGGAAAAGCUUCAACACCAGCUCGGCCCUCAUCGUGCACCGCCGGACCCACACCGGGGAGAAAUCCUACCGCUGCCCCGACUGCGGGCGGAGCUUCAGCGAGGGCUCGGUGCUGAUCAAGCACUGGCGGACCCACACGGGUGAGAAGCCCUACAAGUGCUCCCACUGCGGGAAAGGCUUCAGCCAGAGCUCCAACCUACAUGCCCACCAGCGGGUCCACACCGGGGAGCGGCCUUACCACUGCACUGACUGCGGGAAACACUUCAGCACCAGCUCCAACCUCAGCGCCCACCAGCGGGUCCACACCGGGGAGCGACCCUACAAAUGCCCUGAGUGCGGGCGGAGCUUCAGCCAGCAAUCCAACCUGAUCUCCCACCAGAGGACCCACCUGGAGGAGAAAUCCCACCUGUGCCCCGAUUGUGGAGAAGGCUUCGGCACCAGCGCCCAGCUCCUGACCCAUCGGAGGAGCCACGCCGGCGACAGGCCUUAUAAAUGUCCAGACUGUGAGAAAAGCUUCCCCAGCCGCUCCGCCCUGAUCACCCAUCAGAGGACCCACACAGGAGAGAAACCCUACGAAUGUCCCGAUUGCCAGAGAGGCUUCACCCGGCGCUCAGACCUCAAUAAGCACCGCCGGGUCCACACGGGGGAGAGACCCUUUCGGUGUGCCAGCUGUGGGAAAAGCUUCAGCCAGAGCUCCCACCUGAUUACCCAUAAGAGACUCCAUGAGGAGGCAAAGCCCUAUAAAGGCAGCGUGAGAACCACGCCGACAGUCCUCCAGGAAGAUGAUCCUGGUAAAGAUACCCAGAGCCGGGGAAGCGUCAGCCAGAGCUCAGCAGAGACCAGCGGUGGGGAAUCCCACCCAGCGGGGAAGCCCCAUCAAUGCCCCGACUGCGGGAAAAGGUUCGACGCCAUCUCCGAGCUCACUGUGCAUCGGCGAACGCACCGAGAGGAGAAAUCUCAUCCACUUGGUAACGCUGUGCAAAGGUUGAGUGGCUCCAAUCACAAUGCACGAGAGGACGCUGACCCAGAGGAGGAAGCUGAUCUGGGGAAAAGAUUGAAGGCGAGCCCAACACCCCCAAAUACAAAUCUCAAAACCUCGCUGGAGGAGGAGUUCUCUCCAUGCAUUAGCACUGAGCAGAGCCCUCAAUCCACCAGCUCCAACGUCAGUGCAUGUCAGAGAGCCCUCUCAGAGGGAGAGUCCCUUCCAUGCACUGGUACGGAGCAGAGCCCUGUGCCGGCUGCCUGCCGGGCAGAGCUAAAGGGCCACAAGGCACGCUCUGAUCCAAGCUCGGCCCCUCUGCACCAUCUGGCGGCAAAGCCCUUCAGGUGCUCCGAAUGUGGGAAGAGCUUCAGCCAGAGCUCCAACCUGAUCAAACACCAGCGGACCCACACAGGUGAGCGUCCCUACACCUGCACUGUCUGCAAGCGGAAUUUCAACACCAGCUCGACGCUGAUCGUACACCGCCGGACCCACACCGGAGAAAAAUCCUACCAAUGCCCCGACUGCGGGCGCAGCUUCCGGGACAGCUCGGUGCUGAUCAAACACCAGAGGAUCCACACGGGAGAGAAACCCUACAAAUGCUCCCACUGCGGAAAGGGCUUUGCCCAGAGCUCCAAUCUUCAUGCCCACCAGAGGACACACACUGGGGAGCGGCCAUACCACUGCCCCGACUGCGGGCGGGGCUUCAGCCAGCGCUCCAACCUCAUCACCCACCAGAGGACCCACACAGAGGAGAAAUCCUACCUCUGUCCCGACUGUGGGGUUGGCUUCGGUUCCAGCCCAGCCCUGGCAACCCAUCAGAGGGCCCACGCGGAGGGCAGGCCCCACCAGUGCUCUGACUGCCAGAGGAGCUUCUCCCGGCGCUCAGACCUCAUUAAGCACUGGCGGACCCACACAGGAGAGAGACCCUACCUGUGCCCCCAGUGUGGGAGAAGCUUCAGCCAGAGCUCUCACUUGGUGGUCCAUCAGCGAACGCACCUGCCGGAGAAGCCUUACAAAUGCACCGACUGUGGGAAAAGCUUCAGCACCAGUUCUCACCUCCUUGCCCACCAAGGGACCCACACGGCAUAGCCACCUGGCACUGGUGCGGUCCUAGAAAUGCCAGGCUGGACUGGGCCUCGAGAGGGCAUCCAGUCCAACCCCACCAGUGGAGGCAGGACCAAAUACAUCUAGCCCGUCCCUGACAAGUGUUUGUCCAAUCUGGUCUUAAAAACCUCCAGUGGUGAGAGUCCCUCAAUUUCCAUAGGUCGCUUGUUCCAGAGCCGAACUCCCCUUAUGUGUUAGAAAGUUUUUCCACAUAUCUGGGCUAAAUCUUCCUUACUCCAGAUUAACUGAGACUAAUAAUACUGUUGCCUUCCUAUAAAUCACUUUUCACCUGUAGAGCUCAAAGCACUUCCCAAUUUCUAAUCUAUAGAUCCUCACAGCAGGGAGAGGUAGGGAAGCGCUAUUAUCCCCCGUUUUACAGAUGGGGGACUGAGACGCAGAGAGGCUAAGUGGCUAACUUGAGGUCAGACAGGAAACCCGUGGCCCAGCAGGGAGGUGACACUGACUCGCCCAUGUCCUAAGCCGGAGCCUUCACCAUUCGACCAUCCUUGCCCUCAGGUAUCUGAAAUCAUAGGUGCCGACUUUCUAAUGUGCCAGGAUGUGCUCGACCCUGCUCCACCCCAGCCCACACCCCCACUCCAUCCCUUCCAGACAGCUGUUUUGCGGCUGUGCCAGAACCCACUUUUUGUUUUCUGCAGGUGCUCCAGCCCUAGAGCACCCACAGAGUUGGCGCCUAUGGCUCAAAGAGGGGAGGAAGGGGGCCCUGGGGGAGACCUGGAUUCUGGAUUCUCCCUGUGUGACCUUGAGCAAGGUACUUAGGGACCAUUGUAAUGCUCAGCUUGGGUAGACAUACACACCCUCGCUUUGAUCAAGCUUGCGUGCUCAAAAUAACAGCAAUGCUGCUGCAAGGAUGGGCUAGCGGCUGGAGUACAAUCCCAUCCAAGACCCUAGCUAUGCACUCAGGUGGCUAGCCCGUCCUGCCCCUCCUGCCUCAUGGCAGCUACACUCGGAGUGGCGGAAGCUUCCUAAAAGGGGAGGGGGGCAUUGGCACCUGAUCCAUGGCUGCAGCCCUGUGCCGCCCUUUCUCUCCAAGGCCUCGCCUUUGUACCACCCCUUCCCCUGCAACUCCGCCCCUACCUCACCUCUUCCUUCCAUGACCCUGCCCCCUGCUCAGUCCUCUCUGCUCUCCCCCCCACCCAUCAUUCGCCCUUGUGGCCGGUAAAAAGUGAUGGGGCCAGGGCCUCCUGGUUCCCCUGCAUUCUGGUGCCCUUGAGCUACCCCACUGUUUUUAGCAUGCUAGCUGGAUCAAAGGGAGCACAUGUACAUCUACCCACGCUGGAAAUUGCAGCUCCAGCUUUAAUAGAAACACGUCCUUAAGACUACAUUUUUCAAAGUGCCUCAAGAUUGAAAUCAAUGGGAGUUAAGUCCCUAUGCAGGUGUGAUGCCUUUGAACAUCUUGUUGAAUGCCUCCUUGCAUCUUUACAGGUUUCAGCGUGGUAACCGUGUUAGUCUGUAUCAGCAAAAACAACGAGGAGUCCUUGUGUCACCUUAGAAACUAACAAAUUUAUUUGGGCAUAAGCUUUCGCGGGAUGGAACCCACUUCAUGAGAUCUGAUUGGCAUUUUCAUCAGAUCUGAUGAAGUGGGUUCUAGCCCACGAAGGCUUAUGCCCAAAUAAAUUUGUUAAUCUCUAAGGUGCCACAAGGACUCCUCGUUGUUUUUCCUGCAUCUUUAGGCACUGAAACACCUUUGAAAAUCUGGCCUCUUGUGCCUCAGUUCCCAAUCUGUACAAUGGGGAUAGGAACACCCAUCUUACACAGUGCAUUAAAGAUUGCGAGAUCUUUGGAUACUAGGCGAAGGGGGGCCCGAUAAGUACCCUUAGAAUACAUUAUUGUGCCAUGAAUGUAGAGACCUUUGUCACACUUGAAAUUGUGUUGACAGCUAGUCACUGGUUGGCAUUUUCUGAGCAGAAAAUAAUUUUGUUAAUAUUGGGACCCGGGGUGCCUGGGGCAUCCCUCACUGAAAAUGCCACCGUUAGGGCAGGCUGUAAAGGAGACCAGAUUCUCCCAAAACUGGUGGUUAACACUGAAGUUAGUCUCCCUAACCAGUCACAAACUCUGCUCCUGAUCUCCUCCACUGGUUGUUGAGAACCUAAAAAAGAACUCACAGAGCCCCCUUCAUUGCAUUCCAGUUCUCUGGCUCCCAAUCAGCACCUACAUCCAGUACAGUGAGCAGUUAUUGAAACUCUGCUCAUUAUAGAAAAUGUUCUUCUGACCCCAAAGAGUCAGCCACAUUACCAGGUCAGUACUAGUUUGGAUCUUUCCCAAAAUACCAUGCUGCCAGCCAAUCCCUUACUGUCUAAAACUAAAGGUUUAUUAUAAGGAAAAAGAACGACCAAGAGGAGAGUUGUUAAAUGGUAAAGCACUCAGAUAAAUACAGAGAGGUCAAAGACCAUAUAUCAGAUUCUUAGCAAUAUUGGUGAGUUUGCUGCCUUGAGAGUCCCUCUGAAACACAUCCACAGCUUGAAUGGGUCUUUCAGUCCUUUGUUCAGAGCUUCAGUUUGUAGAGAAGUUACUCCAGAAGUAAGAAGCAGGAAUUAAGACAAAAUGGAGGUGAUGCAGCUUCCUUUUAUGUUCGUUUGCCAUGUGGUUUGUAACUUUCUGUGUCCCAAACACAAGCUUCACAUCACAUGCCAUGGAAAAGCCAUAGAGUUCUCUUCCAUAGGCAUGCUCCUACAUGUCUUGCUGACUCAUACAGUGUAGCUCCUGGUUUCUUUCAAUGGGUUCAUUGUACUGCUGAUGACCCUGAAUGGCCAUCGAGCAGGCUAGGCAGUGCUGAUGCUAAUCAGUCUGGGGGUGUCAGCCAGAAACACAGAACAAGUUGGAAAUACAGAUAUACUCUACACAUCUAUAACUCACAAUGCAAAGGUGAUACAAACAUAUAAAGAAGAUUAUCAUCCUUGGCAAAGUGUAACAUUUUUGCAGAUACCUCACACAGCAUAUCUGGUCAGACUCCUUGCAAAUGUAUAAUAGCGGUAUCAACAGUGUCAUAUAAUGUGUCCCUCGUAUUCCAUACAGCGUCACAAAUGGAAAAUCUCGUUUCAUCAAAACCAGAAAGAUGGCGUUCCUCUGAGAAACUGGGCAUUUCCCACUGGGAAAUCCCCAAGUGGGGGAAAGCUAGUGGGACUUUACUUUCCAACUUGAAUUCCAGCUGGAAAAAGUUGGGAAACAGAAAAUGUGAGAAAAUAGUAUUCCCUUACUCUCCCUCUCUUUUUCUAAUAGUCCCAUGGGAAAACUGGAAUUUCCCCCCUGGAAAAGCUUCCCAAAGGACAUAUGCCCCUGAAAAUUCCUCUGAGAACUCAAUAGAGGGGUAGCUGUGUGAACUUCUAUGGCCUUUAUAAAGCAGAUCAAACUAGAUCAUCAGAUGGUCCCUUCUAGCCUUUAAAUCCAGUAAACAAAUUCCCAUUUUCCAACCAGGUCUAGUAACUUCAAAGUUAGCUAGGCUUGGCUAAUGGAUGUGGCCUUUUAGCCCAAGCAGGCGGUGCUUAUGCUUUUGGAUAGAGGUCGGGGUUCAGUCCUCACAGAUGCUCAAAUUCCCUACAGAGCUUUAAAAAUUCCAAUCUCCGUGUCCGCAUGUACCAUUGCUGCUCAGAAAACCUAUUGGAACCAACCUUGAGACUUCUGGCGCUAAAAGCAUGAACUGGUAUGGCCUGAUCUAAAGGAGAAAAGGAGGCUGCAUUUGAGAGUACAGUAUAUUUAUAAAAGUUUUAACAAUUAAUAGCUGUUAGAAGCAUGUUACAGACGUGAUUAGUAUGUGCUAUAGGUGCAUCAGUUGAAGGUUAUAAGCAUGUCCGUAGGAGUCAGUAUCGAUGGUUAUAAGCAAUCUAUUGAUCUGUCGACCUGUCUAAAUGGGGAGGAGGGGGUCGCAUACUUCUUUGCUUCUGUAGGCUGAGGUUUAUUGCACAUACCAGAGACCUCUUGCAUCCCUCCAGUCCACCCUCCUUUCCCCUCUAUUUCAGCCAUUCCCUGUAAUUUUCCUCCCUUCCUUGGUUAGUCUUUGUUCUAUCUGGAAGAUGAGCCAUUCGGUAGCAACAUGUCAAAGUCCAUUGGGAGGAGGAGCACGGAUGUUGUUAUGCUGGAAGGUAUGAAGGGGUGCAAUCAACCUGUUUGAGCUACAGAUGUUUACAGAGGUGCUUGAAGCUGUGGCUAGAUGAAUCAGAUGGAAGGGGCUCCCAGUGUUCCCUAUUUUUCCCCAUCUUGUUUCCUGAUUUUGUUCCCCCAAAGUGAAUAGGCUUGUGACCAUUGACAUCUAGAACAUUCCCAUAUAUGUUGGAAUUGAUCAGAUGCGAUGUUCCAACAUUACCACAUUAUGAAAAAUAAACGGAGAAAUGUAGUUGAGUGUCAGGCUUUUGAACACCCAGCCAAAGAUUGAGUGACCAUUUCUUGAAAUGCUCUGUUAAUCCUUUAUUAACCUGUAAUAAAUGUCACCGUAAUAAAAA